CACACGAACCACGACCUUGUCUUGGCAUCAGUGAUCGAAGUACAGCAGAAAGAAAGAAAGGAAAUAAGAAAAUGAACAUUUCUCAGAAACAAUGUGCGGUGCUGUAUCGGAGUCUCCUGCUGGCGGCGGCGACGUGGGUGGUGGCAGUGGCACAAUUCGUACCAGGCUUCUUGGUGGAGUCCGGCACUGAUCUCCAGGAGUGGCCCAAGAACCUGUCUUCGCUUUUCCCCGAGAAUACAUCGCCUGAGGAACAGCAGGAUUACUAUGCUAACGCCAUCGCCUCGGUCUUCGGGUCCGGCACCAUCGCGGCGCCCCUGCCAGAUCACAACCCCGUGGAGGAGGUGCUGGACGGGCGGGUGGAGCCAAACGCCGUCACCUCAGAGGAGAUUCCUGGCCUGCAGGUUCUCCCCAACGGCACGGCUGUCACGCCCUCCCAGGGUCCACAGGCUCCACCAUACACUGGACCCGAGGGGGGAAGGUGCGCGAUGGUACUGUUCUCUGUGGCCCGGGCGCACUACAAACACAGGAAGGGAGGCACCCAGGGGACGCAGGUUCUCUUUGAUAAGGUCCUCUCGAGCGUCGGACCAGGUUUCAACCACACGGGCGGAUACUUCAAGUGCGAGUGCCCCGGAUACUACUUCUUCUCCAUUCACGGCGUGUCGUCCCUCCAAGGCCGAGCAAGACUGGACCUGAUGAGGAACCGGCAGCGUGUGGCGUCUUCGGAGGCUCAGUACUACGGUUUCGGAACCGCCGCCAACAGCGCUAUCAUCCGGGUCUACAGGAACGACAUCGUCUACGUGUAUCUGGCCGAAGGCUUCCUCUACGAGAACGACGCCCGCUUCAGGGGUUACGCCUCCUUCUCGGGUUUCAAGAUCGGAUGAGGAAAUAUUGCUUACGCGAACCAAAAACGGCUGAGGAGAUGAAGGACCGUGGGGCUGGCCGUGACUUCGUGUUCGAUUGCGGAGGCUGAUGGUCGGUUCGA